AGUGAGCAACUUCUAAUCAAAGGAGGAAAAAUUGUCAACGAUGAUCAGUCAUUUUAUGCAGAUGUUUAUGUGGAAGACGGCCUAAUAAAACAAAUUGGAGAAAACCUGAUUGUUCCCAGUGAUGUAAGGAUCAUCGAUGCCUACAACCAGCUCGUCAUGCCAGGAGGGAUAGAUGUCCACACCAGACUGCAGAUGCCUGUCAUGGGGAUGACCUCGGCCGAUGACUUCUACCAAGGCACAAAGGCAGCCCUGGCAGGAGGCACCACGAUGAUCAUUGACCACGUCUGCGCGGACACUGGAACCAGUCUCCUGGCCGCCUACGAGCAGUGGCGCGGCGCCGCCGACGGCCAAGCCUGCUGUGACUACUCGCUGCACGUGGACAUCCCGCGCUGGCACGAGAGCCUGAAGGAGGAGCUGGAGGCUCUGGUGAAGGACAAGGGUGUGAACUCCUUCCUGGUUUUCAUGGCCUACAAGGACAAGCUGCAGUGCAGCGAUGCCCAGAUGUACGAAAUAUUCUGCAUUAUCCGUGACCUGGGGGCCAUCGCGCAAGUGCACGCUGAGAACGGAGACAUCAUCGAUGAGGAGCAGAAGAGGCUGCUGGAACUCGGGAUUACGGGGCCGGAGGGGCACGUCCUCAGCCGCCCUGAGGAGGUGGAGGCGGAGGCGGUGUACCGCGCGAUUACCAUCGCGAAGCAAGCCAACUGCCCCUUGUACGUCACCAAAAUAAUGAGCAGAGGCGCGGCAGAUGUCUUGGCCCAAGCCAAGAGGAAAGGCACGGUGGUGUACGGGGAGCCCAUCACCGCCAGCCUGGGCACCGACGGCUCGCACUACUGGAGUAAAAACUGGGCCAAAGCUGCUGCCUUUGUCACGUCUCCCCCUGUCAGCCCGGACCCCACCACACCGGAUCAUCUCACCUCCCUCUUGUCCUGCGGGGACCUGCAGGUUGCGGGCAGCGCUCACUGCACCUUCACCACCGCGCAGAAGGCUGUGGGGAAGGACAACUUCACCCUCAUCCCCGAGGGGACCAACGGCGUCGAGGAGCGGAUGUCGAUGGUCUGGGAGAAGUGCGUGGUCCCCGGGAAGAUGGACGAGAACGGGUUUGUGGCCGUGACCAGCACCAACGCUGCCAAGAUCUUCAACUGCUACCCCAGGAAGGGGCGCGUCGCCGUGGGUGCCGACGCCGACUUGGUGGUGUGGAACCCCAAGGCUACUAAAAUCAUCUCGGCAAAAACCCACAAUUUGAAUGUGGAGUACAACAUCUUUGAAGGCACGGAGUGCCACGGCGUUCCCACUGUGGUCAUCAGUCAGGGAAGAGUUGUUCUUGAGGGUGGGAGCCUGUGUGUCACCCAGGGCUCCGGGCGCUUCAUUCCGAGAAAGACCUUCCCCGAUUUUGUUUACAAGAGGAUAAAGGCAAGAAACAGGCUUGGGCAGGCGUCUGGUCUGUCCAGGGGGGUGCAGUGUGCCCCAAGCCCGGGGCAGAAGG